AUGGUCGGGGUUGCUUCAUACAUGAAGCUUAUGUACAAUGACCGGUCUAACUGACAUCUUGCUGCUAUUCUGGUGAAGGAUGCAACACAGCAAAGGGCUUUUUAAACACUCAAAUGAACUGAAAGCUGACAGCCAAAUAACCUGGGAAGUGGUGACUGGAUAAAGAAGGUGACCGCGAACAGUCAUGGGAUGUGGCGUCACAAAGUCUAACCAUCUCCACAAACACACCACAUCCAGUGGAAGAGCUGUUACAACCAUAAGAGCUGCCAUCCUGAUUCAGCGAUGGUACCGUCAGUACGUCGCCCGCACAGAGAUGAGGCGGAGAUACACCUGGAACAUCUUCCAGUCCAUCGAAUACUCCGGAGAGCAGGCCCAGAUCAAGCUUUAUAAUUUCCUUGGCUACCUCAUGGACAAUUUCACACCAUCGAGCAAUGAACGAAAUUUGAUCUCGCACAUCUUCAGAGAGAACGAGGUCUGCCGGGACGCAGAGUGGGAGAGGUUCUUCUGCUACAAGAACAUCGAGGUGCCGGAGAUUUACUCGGGACCUCAUCUCACCUUUCCUCUGACGGUAGAGGAAGCAGUCGGUCUGGUGGAGGCUUUCAGGAAUAAGAAACAGCUGCACUCACGCUACGUCCUUCAGCUCCUCUUGGAGACGUGGAAACUGCUCCGCAUGUUGCCAAAUAUCAACCGUAUCUCCACCUGCCACAGCAAAGAAAUCACAAUUUGUGGUGAUUUGCACGGACAGCUGGAAGACCUGCUGCUGAUUUUCUAUAAGAACGGCAUGCCGUCCUUAGAGAAGCCCUAUGUGUUUAAUGGGGACUUUGUGGACAGAGGCAGGGACUCUAUUGAGAUCCUCCUCAUCUUGUUUGCAUUCCUGCUCGUUUACCCGAGUGAUGUCUACCUGAACAGAGGAAACCACGAGGACCACAUAGUCAACCUCAGGUACGGCUUCACCAAGGAGGUGUUGAAUAAGUACAAGAUGCACGGGAAGAGGAUCCUGAAGCUGCUGCAGAAGAUUUUCAGCUGGUUGCCAUUAGCAACAGUGAUCGACCAGAAGGUGCUGGUCCUCCACGGGGGGAUCUCUGACUCCACGGACCUCGGCGUCCUCGCCAGAGUUGACAGACACAUUUACAUCUCGGCUAUGAGACCUCCGAAGAAGAGACACCACAGCUUGGCGGGAAUAUCCAUUGACUCGGACACAGAUGUGGACACCGCAGCCAUCAGCAGGGUCUUCCAGCGUCGGGCCUCUUUCACGUAUCCCAAACCCAUGGGAACCCGACAUUGCUUCCAAAAUCGCUCGCUGCAGGACUUCUCGGAUCGGAUCAGAGUGAACAUGGAGAACCAGCUGGAGCUCAGCAGGAGGGAAGAGCCAACUCUGAACGCCCAGAUCAACAAACCAGAGCAAGAUUCUCUGUUUUUGUCCACCGACUCUGGCAGCAGUGACACCACCGUGGAUGAGUGGAAACAGAUCCUGGACCUGCUGUGGAGUGACCCGAUGACUCAGGAUGGAUGCAUACCCAACGAGGUAAGGGGUGGAGGCUGCUACUGGGGCCCUGAUGUCACCGAGGACUUCCUGAACAGACACAAUCUGCAGCUCAUCAUUCGCUCCCAUGAGUGCAAACAGGAGGGCUAUGAGUUCUGCCACAACCGUAAGGUCCUCACUCUGUUCUCUGCCUCCAAUUACUAUGACGUGGGGAGCAACAGGGGGGCUUACGUGAAGCUGGGCCCUGACCUUGUGCCUUAUUUGAUUCAAUAUCAGGCCAGCAGCAUGACGAGAGAGCUCACUGUGAGACAGAGUGUUGGGCGAACCGAGCGCUCAGCUCUCAGAGUCCUGCGGGAGCAGCUGUUUGCGCACAAGUCUGACCUCCUCUGUGCCUUCAGAAAGUUUGACAGCGAGAACAAAGGUCUGGUGUCUCUGAACGACUGGGCCUCUACAGUGGAGAGUGUGAUGCAUCUGGAUCUGCCCUGGAGGAUGCUUCGCUCUCAGCUGGUCACCUGCAAGAACAGCGAAGGCACGAUAGACUACUACGAGUGGUUCAACGAGCUUGCCAUCACAGGAUCCAAAACAGAUCAUAUUGACCAGAGUCUGCUGGAAACGUUGUAUCGCCACCGCUCCACUUUGGAGACAAUCUUCAGGAUUGUAGACACGGACAAUUCGGGGUUCAUCAGCAUUCAGGACUUCCGUCAGACCUGGAAGCUGCUGAGCGUCUACCUGAAAAUGGAGAUCACCGACGAGGCCAUCUCCGACCUGGCCGUCACAAUUGACAGCAACCACGACGGCAGCAUAGACAUCGACGAGUUCAUGGAGGCCUUUCGGCUCACGGACAAGAAGAGCCGGCUGGAACGAGGACGCAGCAUGUUCAUGGGCACGGCCUCUGACCUCACCAAGCUGGAAGGAGAUCCCAACAUUUGAUGAAAAAGCGUGUUAAACAGAUAGCUCGGCAUCCAGCAGAGGGGAGGAGAGGGAGCUGCAGCCAACGCAAGCUGCUUUUGAUGACGCACAUAAAGAUGCAGGAUGAUGCUGAGCAACAGCCGCCUGGAUCACAGGGGAUUAGGAGGAGGUUAGAGGUCAGGGUGUUUGCGAAUGCUCAUUUGAAGCGGAGGAAGUCUGGGCAAAAUGCAGCAGCUUGAGCAACUCACGUCUCCUUUAUUUUCCUGAAAUAGUCCAAAACUUAAAAACAAAAGGCAUCGUAUAGCAAAUAACAAUUUUAUUAAAUGCAAAAAUGGGUGAUUUUUGCAUUUUAUAUUCACUGAAUUUACGUUUAACAGCUUCAAAUGUGACUCAUGUCAACAUAAAAAGAUUCUCACACUCCAGAUGUGUUAAAAUGGACAUGUAAUGAUCCUACUCGGGUGAUGAUUAACAGUUAAAACUGAGUAAAAGAUGGGAAGGAGCACAGAAACAAGAAUCCUUCAAAUAUAUGAAGAAAUGUGUUAAAUAUAUAAAAAGUGCUUGCCAAAGGUUUUUGGGAGGUAGCUUAUUGAAAUAAUUUUUCACAUCAUCUACAAUUUUUUUUAUGAAUUUGUUGGAUGUAGUGAAGAGGUAUUUCAAGAAAAGGAGGAAGAUAGGGUAACACAUCAUAUGGAUGGAUGUUAUCUCAUGGUGGUGCCAGCUGAGAACGAGACAGGAUGGUAGGGAACAGUUACCAGAUGAUUGGGAAAGAACAGACUCGCAAAAGGAGUCUUGGAGAGUAAGAAGAGGAUGGAGGGAAUGGAGAUCAAGUGUACCGGUACAAGUUAUUAAAGAA